AUGGCAGAUGUAUCAGCAGUCAGAAUCAAUCAUGAUACAACUCGUUUAUAUUCAUCUAGUUGGGAUAAGACUAUUCGUUGUUUUGAUAUAGAAACUGGGAAACAAGUUUGGAAAGUUAUUCAAGAACAUCUGAUAACAUGUUGUCAAAUAUCACAUGAUGGUUAUAGUUUAUGUUCAGGUUCUGACAUCGAUGGUAUUAUUACUAUAUGGGAUACAAAAAAUGGUCUUGUAAAAAGUACUAUUCGUAAUGUACAUGAAUCAACUAUAACAAGUUGUCAAUUUAAUAUUACUGAUGAUCGAAUCGUAUCUACAUCCUCAGAUAAAACAACAAAGUUUUUUGAUCUUAUUUCUCAUCGUCAUACAAUGACAUUAAGAGAUCAUAAAAGUGUUGUAUCCAACUGUACAUUUAAUCAGUAUGAACAUUUAUAUGCAACAUGUUCAUGGGAUAAAACGAUUCUUCUUUAUGAUAUUACAACAGGGCGUUUUCGACAUGAAGGACCGUUAAUGUUACCUAAAUUACAUAAAGGAUCGAUUGCUACAUGUCACAUGUCAAAUGAUGGGAAAGUUCUUGUCACUGGAGGUUAUGAUUUAAGAGUAAUACUUUGGGAUAUUGAGAAUAUGACAUAUAAACUUAUAUUACGUGGACAUCGAGAUUGGGUGAAUGAUGUAUGUUUAACAAGUGAUAAUAAAUGGAUUGUUUCAGUAUCAAAUGAUUGUGAUAUUCGAUUAUGGUAUAUUGCAAAUUGUGAUGAAAUAAAACAAGACACAGAAAAAAGGAAAAAAUUUCAAAAUAUCAAAAUUACAAAUUGUUUCAAAUGUGGAAAAACAUUUUCAAUAGAUAAAUUAAAAUAUAAUAAUUUAUCAGAAACUUUUGUAUGUGUUUUCUGUCAUCGAGAACUACAUAUUUCUUAA